AUGCCGAGUCUCUUUUCCCGCCUGAAAGGCAAGGACGGCAAAUCCAAAUCUAAGAAGGGCGCGCUCGACCAACCCGAACAGCCGCUAAAACCACGAUGGGACGACGCGUGGGCACGCAAAACAAUCGACCCCGAGGAAGUGCAGCAAUUGCUCCGAUUUUGCACAGAAGAGCUCAAAGCGAGAGCUCUCGAUCUUCCGUUCCUCCUACUCCCUUUUCGGCCAACAUCCGACCCGAGCGCCGUCCGUACUUUUGUGCGACACUUUUUCGACGGUAAAGAUGGCGGUCAGUUACUUCGCGGGGAGGCCCUGGCCCGCGAGCUGCGAAUGACGGAGCCAAUGGUAGGAUAUUGCGAUAACUUUACGCGUGUGGUUGGGGGUCGAGUCGCUAAUAUCGGUGAUAGGUCAUUUCGGGCGUGGUUAAGUGGUGCUGGAGCAGACUCCAGGGCGGCGUUGUUGGGUGGGACUCCUACGAGCUUUUCAAGGUCGGAGAGCAUGAUUAUCUUCGACUUCUUCGAUCUUCUCGCGGCGAUCGCGGCCCACAGCAAAUCCAACGGGUUCGGAGGACGGAAGCUCUCCCGCAUGGCAGCAUGGUGGGCGUUCGAACCCAAUGAUAACGGCAAUGGCUUUGAGGGCGGUGCUGCCGAUGCCACGAGCCACUUAUUCUUCGCCUAUAUGCGUUCCCUCGCGCCCGAGCCGGUUCAGGGCGGCAUCUCGCUACUGCCAAUGUCGUUGCAGAAGCUCCUGCAAGAAACCGAAUACCCGCCGCAGAGACCAGCCCUCAUGCAGACGUCGACAAAUAGGGUUGCUAUGAUUGUCGACACCGUGUCGCCUACGCCAUUCACCCUGCUCCGGAGAGCCAACCAUUUCCAAUACCGUGACGAGGACCGGGCACUUCAAGAAUGGUCCGAGUAUGAGGAUCCAAUUCAGGCCUUGACGGAGGAGUGCCGCAGAGUUCUUAGGGCGAUUGCUGCGGCCAACCAGUCGCAAGCUGUUUCGAGCUCGAAACAUUCCACCAGUCUUCGGGACGCCUCCUGGUCUCGGUUCGAGGAUAUUGGAUUUGCGAGCGCGCUUGAGGAGGACGACAUGGACGACGAUGCGCUCGCGAAGCGGCGAAUGCAACAGGGGUUAAGGAAUACGCCCGCUUCCGGAAAUGGUGACCUAGGGCGGCCAACUACUCCGUCAUGGGCCGAUUUCCUUUCCUCCGGUUUCGUGGAUGAGCGCGGCGCACCGAAUAUGCUGCUACCCCCCGAUAAGGUUCUGCCUCCGAUCGACACGGGAACUGCCCGCCAGCGGAGCUCUCAGUCUCACAAGCCGAGAUUGGAAACCGACAACCAGUUUGAACCUGGUGAGUUGGCGAGCAUCGUCCGGUUUGACCUCGAUGACGCUUUCUGGUGGGUGUGGAUGAGCAGUCUGGCCCCUGAGGAAACCGCGGAAAGGAAGUCGGCCUUCGGGCGCUGCGCCGUCAUUGAGACUCUUAUCCGGACUGGCCGCUGGCUUGUUAUGGAGGAGAUCGUCAAGGGCGCGGCUCCGGAUCCUGAGGAAGGCGCUUACAUCGCCGAGAAGAAGGGCUUUUUCAGUUGGACCCGUCGCGGAAAGGGCCUUAACAGGAGAAAGUCGACGGGGAAGCACGCGCUGGACAAGGAUGGGCAGCUGAAAUCAGGCUCUGCCAUAGGCCUGAGCAAGACGAGCAUUGGCCCCGACCAGCAAGCCAGAAUCCAGGCUGCCGCGCUGCAGCUUCAAAGGCAGGAGCAGCAGAAGACGCAACAACAGGUCCAGGAGCGGCGGGGGAGGAAAGAUACAGACUAUCUCGCCGAGAAGACCAACAGCGUCUUCACCCUUCAACCAAGCAUUCUCAGUGGAGGCGUCUCCGGCGGCGAGAAUGAACACCGCCCCGGAACUGCCCCCGAGAGACAUCUUUCAUCGCCCGCUAGGCCGGACCCGAUCGUGACCACCGGCUCGUCUUCGGUCCCGCGCCGUAACGAGACGCCAACCCCCCAGACACCGAAGCGGGAAGACAAGGAAUUGGAGGUGCCGAAGGAGAUCCACCCGGCGGAGCGAGUGCACAGCCCAGUGUCCCCACCGAAGGAGCAGGCCAGCCUGGAGCUGGCACGAGAGCAGAUGGUCUCCCCCGAGCCUGCCCUCGGUGACGACAGCCAGAAGCACAAGAAGCUUCACAAGGACGCGGUUAAGCCGGGUGCCGGCGGCGGCUUGAAGAAGCUGUUCAGCCGUAAGAAUAGGAGUUCAAAGCUGCCAGAGAACGCUGCAGAGCAGCUCAAGGCGUUCACUGCUGCUACCGAGGCUUCCGCUCCUCCGGCCGUGCCGCAAAAGGCUGCGGAGCGGGCGGCGCCCAAGGAGCAACCUGCUGUUUUGCAGAAGUCUCAACCCGUUCCGGCUCGUGUUCCAGUUCCCGCCCAGUCUCCCGUUUCGCCGGUCUCGCCGGUUUCACCCCCCCCUGCGCCGCAGGCUCCUGUACAAACCGCUCCCGAGGAGCCUGCCCCCAUCUCCGACUCACCCCUUCCUCAAGAGGUCUCGCCCGUGAGCCCGGUGGAUGUCACCGCUGGAAAGGAGGAGGUCUCCCGCUUCAACCAAGGGCCCCUGCUUGACCAACCCGCGUUCGUGCCUGACGACAAUGACGAGGAUGAUGCCAUUCCUCCUCCCAUUGCCAGGCACUCCCCUCGCAAUCCAUCGCCGGUACCACAGCAACCCGAGGAAGAGGAAGCAGCCCCUCCCCCGGCACCAGUGGCUCGCGCCGUCGACCCGCAAGACCGAUGGGCGCAGAUCCGCAAGAAUGCCGCGGAGCGGGCCGCCUACCGCCAGGCCACACAAACCGCGAGGGUCUCGGGGGGGCUUACUGAUGUAUCAGACAGCAGUGAAGAGUCGAUCGAAACCCGCGUCGCCCGUAUCAAGGCCAGAGUUGCCGAACUGGCCAAGGCCGCUGAGGGCGGCCCUAACGCUCGCGUGCCGCCCCCCAUCCGUCGUUAG